AUGACUGUUCUUCAUCAGACUCAGAUUACCGAAUCAAAGGACCAAUGGGCUUUCGAGAAUUCUGAAGGUGAACCGUUCUCGGUUAAGGAUAUAAGGAAGCAACUUGCAGAGCAGACAACGCAUCAAAGCUUCGUUCAACCGUUCGAUUGGAAUAAUUGGGCAACUUUGAAGGUUAGCUUCCUGGCUUGGCGCGCGUUAAUGGGCAAGGUGGCAUCUAAAGUGGGGUUAACUGAAAGAGGAGUGAGCAUUCCGAAUAUCAUUUGCGACAGAUGCGGGAUCGGAAGGGAGGAUGUCGACCAUCUAUUUACUUCUUGCUUAUUCGCCAGAAGUAUUUGGUGGAAUGUUUUUGCGUGGAUUAGAGUUCCCUUCCUGUUGGCGGCUUCAUCGCUCGCGGAUAUCUUCGAUCGUAUCAAGCAUAGUCCGGGUUCGAGCAAGUGGCGAAAAACGGUGCACCUCGUUAUUCUAGCUACUGUUUGGAGGAUUUGGAUAGCGCGGAAUAAAAAAACGUUUGAGGGAUCCUUUGUUCCUGUUAGCAGAAGCGUGGAAAUGAUCAAGGAAGAUUCAUACCUUUGGAUCCGCCAUAGGAGGAAAUCGAAUGCCCUAGAUUGGAAGAAAUGGAUUGAUUUCGACAUUUUUGAAUUGUUGUAA